CAAAAGUUGGGCAUGGAACCAAUAAACAAAGUGAUCCAGAUAAACUGCAUGGACACGAAAUCGUCUAAGAGCAUGACAGAUGUAUGCUUUCCCAUUACAAUAAUCAAACUCACAUAAUCACUCAUCAUUCAUCUCCGAUAGCGAUAUCAUCACUUUCCAUCUUGGAUUCCACUUCCACCACUUAUUUAACGGACCAAAUUGAAUUGAAACCAUCCAGUGUACGUACUUCCUUCUUCACAUUAUUUGGUGUAGUUGGUGAAGCUUCACUGUUUAAAUCCAUGGCGACAGCUAAAUUAAGCAGAACACACAGUAUGCGUGAUCGUGUUCAAGAAACCCUAGCUGCUAAUCGCAACGAGAUCGUUUCUCUUCUCUCCAGGUAUGUGGCGCAGGGGAAGGCUAUAUUGCAGCCUCAUCAGAUACUUGAUGAACUUGAGAAUAUUAUUGGCGAUGAGGCUUCGCGCCAAAAACUAACUGAUGGUCCGUUUGGAGAUGCUUUGAAGACUGCUCAGGAAUGCAUAGUCCUACCUCCAUUUGUAGCUUUAGCAGUUCGUCCAAGACCUGGUGUUUGGGAAUACGUGCGUGUUGAUGCAUACCAACUAAGUGUGGAACAGCUGACUGCUUCAGAGUAUCUUGUCUUCAAGGAAGAACUUGUCGGGCAGCCUAAUAGCUCUUAUGUGCUUGAGCUGGAUUUUGAGCCAUUCAAUGCUUCUUUUCCUAAACCAACCCGCUCUUCAUCCAUUGGCAAUGGAGUUCAGUUCCUCAAUCGCCACCUGUCUUCAAGCAUGUUCCGCAGCAAAGAUUGUCUAGAACCACUCCUGGAUUUCCUACGCACGCACAGACAUGAUGGACAUGUAAUGAUGUUGAAUGACCGCAUACAAAACAUGUCUAGACUUCAAUCUUCUUUGUCUAAGGCAGAUGAUUAUCUUUCUAAGCUACCGUCCGAUACAGCAUACUCUGAGUUUCAACACGAUUUGCAAGGAAUGGGAUUUGAAAGAGGAUGGGGAAACAAUGCUGAAAGGACCCUUGAGAUGAUGCAUCUUCUCUCGGACAUUCUCCAAGCUCCGGAUCCUUCCAUUUUGGAAACUUUUCUUGGUAGAAUACCUAUGGUGUUUAAUGUUGUCAUUUUGUCUAUACAUGGUUACUUUGGGCAAGCAAAUGUUUUGGGCUUGCCCGAUACCGGUGGCCAGAUUGUAUAUAUACUGGAUCAAGUCCGUGCGUUGGAGAAUGAGAUGCUUCUUAAAUUAAAGCAUCAAGGACUGGAUAUCAAACCAAGGAUUCUUAUUGUGACUCGGCUGAUACCAGAUGCAAAAGGUACUUCAUGUAACCAGCGACUGGAAAAAGUCAGUGGAACUGAACACACGCAUAUACUGCGUGUUCCUUUCAGGACCGAGAAAGGGAUUCUUCGUAAAUGGAUCUCAAGGUUUGAUGUAUGGCCUUAUUUGGAGAAUUUUGCUGCGGAUGCAGCAAGUGAGAUUUCUGCUGAGUUGCAUGGUGCUCCAGAUCUUAUAAUUGGAAAUUAUAGUGAUGGAAAUCUUGUUGCCUCUUUAUUAUCUUACAAAAUGGGAGUAACCCAGUGCAACAUUGCUCAUGCUUUGGAGAAAACAAAGUACCCAGAUUCCGACUUAUAUUGGAAGAAAUUCGACGAGAAAUAUCACUUUUCUUGUCAAUUUACUGCCGAUCUUUUAGCCAUGAACAAUGCAGAUUUUAUCAUCACAAGCACAUACCAAGAGAUUGCGGGAACGAAAAAUACCAUCGGACAAUACGAGAGUCAUUCAUCUUUCACUCUUCCAGGCCUCUACAGGGUUGUUCAUGGUAUUGACGUUUUUGACCCUAAGUUCAACAUUGUGUCUCCAGGGGCAGAUAUGACCAUUUACUUUCCAUUCACCGAGAAGGAAAAAAGACUUACAUCUCUUCAUGCUAAAAUUGAGAAGCUAUUGUUUGACCCUCAGCAGAACGAAGAGCACAUUGGAAAUCUGAGUGAUCGAUCAAAACCAAUGAUUUUUUCAAUGGCAAGACUUGAUCAUGUGAAGAACAUUACGGGUCUGGUUGAGUGGUAUGCUAAGAAUAAUAAGCUUAGGGAACUAGCAAACCUUGUUGUGGUUGCCGGUUACAAUGAUGUGAAGCGAUCUAAUGACAGAGAAGAAAUUGCAGAAAUUGAAAAAAUGCAUGAUCUUUUUAAGAAAUACAAAUUAGAUGGUCAGGUAAGAUGGAUUUCCGCACAAACAAACCGUGCACAAAAUGGUGAACUUUAUCGCUAUAUUGCUGAUGGACGAGGAGUCUUUGUACAGCCUGCUUUUUAUGAAGCGUUUGGGCUUACAGUGGUGGAAGCGAUGACUUGUGGGCUUCCAACAUUUGCAACUUGCCAUGGUGGUCCAGCAGAGAUAAUUGAAGAUGGUGUUUCCGGUUUCCACAUUGAUCCAUAUCAUCCAGAUACUGCAGCAGUCACAAUGGUUAAUUUUUUUCAGAAAUGCAAGGAGGACAAGACUUACUGGAUGACGAUAUCUGACGGAGGGCUUAAAAGAAUAUAUGAAAGGUACACAUGGAAGAUUUACUCCGAACGUUUAAUGACACUAGCUGGAGUUUAUAGCUUCUGGAAGUAUGUCUCGAAACUUGACAGGCGUGAAACAAGACGAUAUCUUGAGAUGUUUUAUAUUCUUAAGUUCCGUGAUCUGGUGAAAUCCGUUCCAGUCGCUAUUGAUGAUGAGGCCUAGGUGAAAGCCCAUAAAGGUAGCCUCUUCUAUAUAUGGGCUAUGUAUUUGGGUUAGCUUAAAUAAAAUUUGAACUGGGUAUAAUAGUUGCAGAUUGAUGAUCUGUUUGAUUGUAUAAAUGUAAGGCAUGUGAUGUAGCCUUUCUAGCAUGAUACUGUCUUAUAUAGCUGUUUAAUAAUCCAUAACUGCUUGCCCAUAAUGCUAGUUUUAAGGCUCUUCAUGACGCGA